AUGGCCACCCGCCCUACCGUCUCGAUCGCCACCGCUGAGGGCAAGCCCUCCGGGGCCACCUACCCCCUGCCCUCUGUCUUCACUGCGCCCAUCCGUUCGGACAUUGUCCAGCAGGUGCACACCGGCAUGGCCAAGAACAAGCGUCAGCCUUACGCCGUCAGCGAGAAGGCUGGUGAGCAGACUUCUGCUGAGUCCUGGGGUACCGGUCGUGCUGUUGCUCGUAUUCCUCGUGUCUCUGGUGGUGGUACUCACCGUGCCGGUCAGGCUGCCUUCGGUAACAUGUGCCGUUCCGGUCGUAUGUUCGCUCCCACCAAGGUCUGGCGCAAGUGGCACCAGAAGAUCAACCUCAACCAGAAGCGUUUCGCUACUGCUUCCGCCGUUGCUGCUUCUUCCGUCCCUGCCCUCCUCUUCGCCCGUGGUCACCGUGUCGCCAAGGUCCCUGAGGUUCCCCUCGUUGUUGAGUCCAAGACCUUCGCCGGUGCUGCCCUGACCAAGACCAAGGCCGCCAUUGCCCUUCUCCAGGCCCUCGGUGCUGGUGAGGAGCUCGUCAAGGUCUCCAAGUCCCGCAAGCUCCGUGCUGGUAAGGGUAAGCUCCGUAACCGCCGCUUCCGCCAGCGCCGCGGUCCCCUCGUUGUCUACAACCCCGAGACCGAUGGCAAGGAGCUUGUCCGUGCUUUCCGCAACAUCCCCGGUGUUGAGACCUCCUCCGUCUUCUCCCUCAACCUCCUCCAGCUCGCCCCUGGUGGUCACCUCGGUCGCUUCGUCGUCUGGACCUCCUCCGCCUUCGAGUCUCUCGACCAGGUCUACGGAACCACCACCAGCCCCUCUGCCCUCAAGAAGGACUACCUCCUUCCUUCCGGCCUUGUUGCCAACGCUGACCUUGCCCGUCUCAUCAACUCUUCUGAAAUCCAGUCCGUUGUCCGCGCCCCCAAGGGUGAGGCCCGUACCAAGCGUACCAACGUCCAGAAGAAGAACCCUCUCCGCAACAAGCAGGUCAUGCUCCGUCUCAACCCCUACGCCGGUGCUUACGCCAAGCAGAAGCUUGGCCAGCAGUCUGUUGAGGGUGGCAAGCCUGAGCGCGCUAACGCCACUUUCCUCAACACUCUGUCUGAGGAGUAA